AUGGCUAGUGAGGAGAGUUUUGUAGUGUUGGUGCAUUAUAGAGGGUCCAUUAAGAGAAAAACAUGCUCUGGUGUGAAGUUCACUGAUAAAGAUCCUCUGAGUAUUUUUAUGAGACCUACAACGAGAUUCGAUGACUUCUUGAAUUCUAUAAUACAGAAACUUGGGCUGCAAGGCGUGAAACGGGUUCAGAAGUUAUUCUAUCGCAUUCCGAUCUCAGUGUUGAGAGAUGACGUGAAUUUGCAGGUCCUGUUCCAUUGUCGUCGCCAGUUUCCCAAGGUCAGAACACCUAAGCUUUUGGCAAAGUUGGUUGAUGUGGUAUCUAGCUCGGGAGAUUCGAACCGGAAUACCCAAACUCUAGGCACGGUAGCCGGUUCUAGCUCGAGACCUAUUGGUGCAUCUUUGUCCGUGCCUGUGAAUGCACCUCGGGACGAGCCUGUCGCCUCCCCGUCAUUCGUCGUUGAUCUCAACUGCAGUGGUGACGGAGAGGUUGUUAUCGUGGAUAAGGUGCCGAUUUUUUUACAGCGUGGAGUACCGGCUGGUAUGGGUGAUGCAUUGUUGGAUGAUGAUGACGAUGAUGAUGUGGAGCCAGACCUCAUUACUGAUGAUAGUGGCGAUGACAUUGCAGCGAGUAAUCCAGCUGGGGAUGGCGGUGGUUCUAGCUCUGGGACUCACCAAUACCGUCCGCACUUUUCAUCUUUGGACUUGGAUGGCAUGAGACAGGAGGGGGUUCCUGGGGAACCCACUGGAUUUGGUGCUAGAGAUACCCAGGGUACUGGAGGUCUUACAGAGUUUCAGGUUGGUUAG